UCUACUACUCGCUUUUUGUUUUGCUUGGUCAUAUAGAUCAGCUCUGCCAUCCAAUCUCAACCAUCGGGUUUAGUAAUCGGCGUGCAAGUCGGAAUUCUUUCCGUCCCCAAGACGUAAUUAAUCAGAUAAGAUCUCGCCUCGUCGCCGAACAAACGCAACUUCUUCCUUUCAUUUAUCAAACAGCCAGCCAUCGCGGCACGACGAGCAUCACGAUGCAGUCCCUUCUCCGUCGUGGAACGUCAUUCCUCUCCGGCUCCACCAAGGACAAACCAGACGGCUUCACGACCGUCUCGUCGCACGAUGCGCUCUUCCCCAAAGUCGACCCCGCCGUUGACGGCGAGGAUUGUGAUAAGGACUGCGCCACAUGCACCGUGCGCUAUCCAGCCAAAUUCGAUAUCGAUACGAAGGAUAAAUUAUACGGACAUGUCGAUGGGUGGGCGACGCAUCUGCUCGUCGCGACGGGGAAGUCGGAUUGGGUGAGAGAUGUCGCGGACGAGAAGGGUAGUGUGAUGGAAGCGAUCGAGAAGCAUGCUAUUAAGCCGAGGAAUGGGAAGAUGAAACUCUCCGCGUCCAACAUGCCUGUUCCUGACGAAUACCAUCAUCAUGAACCGGGCUCGCAGCCAACGAACGUCCUUCUUCUUCCUUCCUUCACGAUAGUUGAGCAUGUCACGCCGGCAUUGGCUUCAGAUCUUGUCAGAUACUUUGUGGACCCAGCACCAACGACAACAACGCCAUUGGACGCAUCAUCAUCAUCAGAAUCCAACACUCAACAACAACGGCAACAGCAAUCCUCAACGGAAGAACAAGCAGAAAAGCCCUCCGAAACAGAGACACAAGCAGAGAAAACCGACAUCAGCUCGCUCACACCCUUACGCUCACGACCCUGUCCCCACGCGGCUGUCAUCCUGCUCUGCUCCCAACGCACCCGCGAUGCGCGAUGCGGUCAAUCAGCACCGCUCCUCAAGCGUGAGUUUGAGCGCCACCUCCGCGCUCAGGGUCUAUACCGCGACAUGGACGACGAACGACCCGGCGGAGUGGGCAUCUAUUUCAUCUCCCAUGUCGGCGGACACAAGUACUCCGCGAACGUGAUGGUGUAUCGACGACGGGAUUUCGACUGGUGGAGAAAGAAGGGCACUAGCACAUCUGAGACCCAACCCGAGAAGACAGAAGAGGACAAGAAGAAGGAGAAGGAAGAAGGAGCUGCUCAAUGUAUCUGGUUGGCGCGAGUGAAACCUGAAGAUUGUGAGGGUAUCAUCAAACACACGGUCUUGAAGGGAAAGGUGAUAAAACCGGGAUAUCAGCUCAGAGGUGGAUUUGAUCGUGAAAGAGGGUUGAUUAGUUGGUAGUUAGUUGGUUGGAACUUCUUUCGCAUCCGCAUCUGC